UGUGGGUCGAAACGUGAUCUUUGGAAGAGAUAAAUGCACAGACAGACCGUUCGGUCUGCACUGAGCAGCGCUCAGAUCUCAUUUCACCAUUCUUUGCGUAUUCUUCAACUGCACCCCGCUGACUCGGCUUGAUUUCAGGUGCUGGAUCCGAACAAGCAUGAGCAUUUAGAGUUUGCUGGCGCCCUUGGUUUUACAGAAGCAAUGACUGUGACACUUUCCCCCACUGUCGCAGCAGUUACGCGUUUUCUAGGUUGGUCAUUCUUUCCUUCAUUUCUCGCCAACGCCGCCAUUGUAGGAUAUCAUCGCGUUUUUGAACCCCACUUACCCCGACCUCGACCUGGAAGCCCAAAAUACGCAAAGCAAUAUCGAAUUUCCUUCACUAUCCUUGCCAUUCUGUAUCUCCUAUAUACCCUUGUUGCUGCUGUCACCACCCUCCCGCCGAAUUAUUAUGAAAUCUUAGGUGUCAAUCGCGACAUCGACGAGUCAGGUCUAAAGACUGCAUUUCGGAAUCUUGCUCGACGAAAUCACCCAGACCGGGUGGGUCCCAGUGGGGAGCAGCGAUUCCGAGAAGGACGCAAUGCGUACGAAACGCUGAAACAUCCCGUAAAGCGCUUCGCCUAUGAACGAUUCGGACCUGAAAUCCUUAGUUGGAGAGGAGUCUCGACUCCAAAGGAAUACGUGCGACGGGGAAUCGGGUCCGCAUCUGGUUUUCACAUCGCUUCCGCUGGUUUCCUAGUGAUAAUGUCCGUGUUUGGUAAAUCUACGGAGUCGGCUUUUUGGCGUUAUGUUCUCCUUGCGGCGAUUUCAUGUGCGGAAGCAUGCCUUAUACUGUCGCCUUCUUUCUCCCCCAGCUCUCGAGUGCACUACGGAUUACCGAUCAUCUCUACCCUUAUGCCACGUCGAUUACCUUAUCAGCACGUAUACUUUUUGCAUCAAAUGUUCGUUUCAUUAUCAGUUUGUGUCACUCAACUUGGGCCCAUCCUCUUUCCGCAACACGGACUUGAGGCCAUGAGUGACAAGGAUGUCAUUCGGGCAGUAGGCGAGAUCUCGCAGAGGAUCGCUCUGAUGGGGAAUAUCACUGAACGGGAAGUUUAUAGGCUACUGCAGAGUCAACUGAAGAUUAUAUAUGGGGCAGAGAAGCCAAAAUUGUCCUCACCAACAACCUUCGAUGACACUGAUCCUGUCAUGGAAGCACUCACAACGGAGAUGCAAAACCUUGUCAUCGAAUCGCGCCUGCGGCAGCAUCCAGUUGUGCGGACAGUCUGGGAUAGAGUUUUGGGGACUGCAAAGAAAGCAACCUCAGUAUCCUCCAUACCUGUGGCAGUCCCAGCCACAGUUCAUUCGCCAUCCGAUUCAUCCCCCAAAUCAGUCACGCAGAUUCAACCCCUACCUCCACCCUCCCCUGCUGCCUCCGUUGCCCCUCCCAUCUCCCCAACGUUCACCUUGCGUGCGUUGUCAGUUGAUCCCGGUGCCCUGUCCGACUCCACUGCCGUCGAGCGCAUAAGUUCCUCUCCCCCACCUAGGAGAAAGAAGGCCAGCACCUUGGGCUCAAACCCUCCUCCUCGAAUCUCCUUGUCGCAUUCACCACCUCGGUCACCCAAAUUGGUGAAGAAUCUUAACUCGAUGCCACCACCCACGACUGGAAACGGGAAUGGCUCAUGGUUCCUUUCGCAAACAUUCUUGCUCGCCACGGAAAAUCAAUCCAAGCCAGAGGGGCAUGAAGAACUUUGAGUUCCCCUGAUGAAUAGUGGAUUUGAUUUUAAUCGCAUUUCACCGAUUCAUAUGUAGGGCUAGACUUAGUUUCGUUCCAGUUUCGUCCCGUCCAUUCUAAACCA